AUGGUUAACCCAGCCGACCAUGAUGCGCUCGAGGCGCAAUUCGAGUCGCAAUUCCAAAAGCCCGGCGAUCUGGUGGAGCGCGAUGAUGAUACAGGACUCAUGGAGGUCGAGUCGCUCUGCAUGAACUGCCAUGAGCAAGGAACCACCCGCCUUCUCCUACUUCGUGUGCCCUACUUCCGCGACAUCAUCCUGGAAAGUUUCGAGUGUCCUCACUGCUACUUUAAAGACAACUCGGUCAAGUCCGCUGGCCAAAUUCAGGAACGUGGCGCCAAAUACACCCUGAGGGUUGAGAACGAGGAAGACCUGGCUCGUCAAGUUAUCCGCAGUGAUCUCUCCAUCUUCCGCCUUGAGGAUCUAGGCAUUGAGAUGCCCCGUGGUGAAUCCCAACUUACAAACGUGGAAGGAGUUGUCCAACACAUUCACGAACAUCUUUCAGGAGAGCAAGAUCUGCGCAAGGAUCAAGCUCCUGAGCUUCACGAUGCCCUUGUCCCCAUCAUCGCUAGCUUGAAGAAGAUUUUGGACCGUGACGACGCCUUCCCCUUCUCUAUUUCUCUAGAUGACCCUACUGGAAACUCGUGGAUUGCACCCAACACCACCGACCGUGGCAACAAGUACACACGCCGUGAAUAUCCCCGAACCCACGAACAAAAUGAAGAGCUUGGCAUUUCGGCCGAUUCGGAGGCAAUUAACGCCGAGAAGCCGCAACUCGAUGCCGGUGAUUUGGAAGACCUUGACAUUGUUGAUGGUCAGGUUUACACUAUCCCUGCUGAAUGCCCAGGAUGUAACAAGGCAUGCAAAGUCAACAUUAAGAAAAUCAACAUUCCCCACUUUAAGGAGGUGUUCAUUUGGGGUACCAACUGCGAUGGCAUUGAUGAGGCUGAGUCGUUUGGUCAGAUUCCUCACGAGGGCUGUGGCUACCGAAGCAGUGAAGUCCGAACCGGAGGUGCCGUUCCUGAGAAGGGCAAGUGCAUUACUCUCCGCGUUGAGAACAAUGUCGAUAUGUCUCGCGAUAUUUUGAAGUCUGAUACUUGCCACCUGCAAAGUGACGAAUUGGAUCUUUCAGUGGAGCCAGGUACUCUUGGUGGAAGAUUCACCACCGUUGAAGGAUUGCUAGUCGAGAUCCGUGAUCAGCUGAAGGGAACUAUCUUCUCCGGGGUUGAUGAGACCACUGGAGGUGAUGGCAUGGCUUCUUCCGACAAGCAGACAUGGGAGCGCUUCUUCGGUCGUCUCGAACAGGCUAUUAACGGCGAACUCAAGUUCUCUAUUACCUUGAAAGAUCCCAUGGCAAACUCGUAUGUCCAAGAUCUCUGCAGCCCGGCAAUCGACCCUCAAGUCAUCACUGAGGAGUACACCCGCACUGAAGAAGAGGAAGAGGACCUGGGCUUCAAGGACAUGAAGACUGAGGGCUAUGAGAAGGACGCGCAGACUACUGACGAUGCUCAGAAGGAGUAA